AUGACACUCUUCUGGCUUGAGAUUUUUGGAAGAAUUACUGAAGAGUCUAUUCUCCAUGUCCUUGCAAUUUCGUGCUGGAAUAGAUCUACAAUUGACAUCACACCAGCAGCAACAACAAACUUCCGUGACUGGUAUGCUGCUGUCACAUGUAGCAGCACCAGCAGUUUUUCUGCUGAAGCUCUAAUGGUUGCUUGGAAAAUAUGGAGUGCAAGAAAUGAUGUUUUAUGGAAAGGUAGAGUCAAAACAGCUGCUAGUAUAGUUCUUGAGGCAAGAUCUUACCUUAAUCAAUGGUUAUAUGCUCAGAAAAACCGAAUGGAACCAAUCCUUGUUCAGAAUAAUCAAGGGUUGGAUGUUGAGCAUUGGACUAAACCAGUUAAUGAUACGAUUACGGUUAAUGUGGAUGGAGCCGUAUUUGCAACUAUUAACUCUUUUGGGGUCGGUUUCAUAGCCAGGGACUGUGCUGGAAGGAUCAUUGAAGCUGUUUCCAAGUUCAAUAUCUGCAAUGUUGCUCCUAAAAUUGUUGAAAUUUGCAUCAACAGUAGUACACAAAUGCCAUCUGCCUUUGGGAUGGUUGCUUGGGAUUGUAAGAAACUCUUGUCUGAAUUGGGUAGUAUUUCUUUAAAGUUUGUUAGGCGUUCUGCUAACAAGGCUGCGCAUUUCCUUGCGCGUAAUGCUUGUUACUCAACAGUUCGUAUUUUUCAUAAUAAUAACUCUCAUGCGGAGUUAUUAAACAUUGUAUUGGCUAAUUCAAGUUAA